GAGUUUAAUCAAUUCAGAACGUCGAGAUGGAGCCCAACUCACUCAAGUGGGUAGGCUCACCUUGCGGUUUGCACGGACCGUACGUUUUCUACAAGGCUUUUAAAUUUCACCUUGAAGGCAAACCAAGAAUUCUGUCCCUUGGCGACUUUUUCUUUGUAAGAUGUAAGCCAGGGGAUCCCAUUUGCAUAGCAGAGCUACAGCUGUUGUGGGAAGAAAGGACGACCAAGCAACUUUUAUCCAGCUCCAAACUUUAUUUUCUCCCAGAAGAUACUCCCCAGGGAAGGACUGUCCGUCACGGAGAGGAUGAGAUUAUUGCGGCCUCGGAGAAAGUCAUCGUGAAGUUGGACAACCUUGUGAAAUGGACCAGUUCCGAUUUCUCAGAAUGGAGCUGCGGUCUCAAAGCGGUGCCAUUAAAGCCAUCUAUUCAGAAGGAGCUGGGUAGGAUUGGACAGAGAGAAGCCUUGCAAAAAUACAGAGAGUCAACACUCAACAGCGGUCUCAACUUCAAAGAUGUCUUGAAGGAAAAGGCAGAACUGGGCGAGGAUGAUGAGGAAAAGAACGUGCUGGUGCUGAGCUAUCCUCAGUACUGUCGCUAUCGUUCCAUGGUCGCACGGCUGAGAGAGAGGCCGUCGUCUCUGCUGACGGACCACGUUGUCCUGGCCCUGGGUGGCAUAGCGUCCCUGAAUAACAACACUCGGAUCCUCUAUUGUCGGGACACCUUUGAACAUCCGACGCUGAUCGAGAACGAGAGCAUCUGUGACGAAUUUGCCCCGAACCUCAAAGGCAGGCCCCGCAAGAAGAAGCCCUCGACGUCCCAGCGCCGCGACUCCCAGGUGCUGAACGGUGUGAGGGAGUCCAGCAGCGCGGGAGAGGGGAAGGCCUCUGCCAAGGUAAAAACUGAAUCUAAGGCAGUUGUGGCCAAACCCAAAAAUAGCAGUAACUGUAAAAAAGUGGCAGCCGAGGAAAAGCCUCAGCUUGGGGCAGGUGAGGAGUGCAGAGCUGAUGAGCAGGCUUUCCUUGUAGCUCUGUACAAAUACAUGAAAGAAAGGAAAACACCCAUUGAGCGGAUACCAUACCUUGGUUUCAAGCAGAUAAACCUUUGGACUAUGUUUCAAGCUGCUCAGAAACUAGGAGGAUAUGAACUGAUCACAGCCCGCCGCCAGUGGAAAAACGUGUACGAUGAGCUUGGCGGCAACCCUGGGAGCACCAGCGCAGCCACCUGCACACGCCGGCAUUACGAACGGCUCAUCCUCCCGUAUGAGAGACAUAUUAAAGGGGAAGAAGAUAAGCCCCUGCCCCCCGUGAAACCCCGAAGACCGGAGAGCAGCUCUCAGGAGGGGGGCUGCAAAACAAAAGUCGCCACAGCAAAGCGUCUCAAAGGAGAACCCAACCAAAAGCCGAGAAAUGAAAAGGAUGUCUCUCAGCGAAACUUGGGGGUGCCUGACAGCAAAGAGGGGUUCCCAGAGAUGGCCGACGUGAAGCCGGUGCAUCAGCCGCAACAGCAGCACAGCCUGAUGAAGGAGGAGGUGAAGGAUGAAGAAGAGGAAUUAGGGCUUAGUGCAGAAGAACAGAACCUCGAGCACAAGACCAAGGAAGACGCAGCAGGAUGCAACACACUUCUGAACAUGUCCGCGCCCUCUGAGAAGCCUCCGUCAGAAAGGGCCAGCAGCGACGCCGCCGUCCCUUCUCCUCCUACCGCUAUCACAGUGGCCACACCAGAGCAGUGCGGACACGGACUCCUAGACAAACUAAGCAACGAACUGCAGGAGAAAGCUGCCAGUGGCUUCACAGUGGCCGCUCCCCAGUUGUUACACGUCUCCCACAUGCAGGACCAAAGGCAGAAGUGCGUGCCGGAGUACAGUACGCCUUGUGUGGUAGGCAAAGUGGACCCAUCCGUACACAAAGAAACUCCAAACCAAGUUGGCAUGGUUUUGCCUACGUUGAAGCAGCAGCCUCCACAAGCCCCGACAGCUCCAGAGAACAUCCCAGAACAAGAUCUACCCGACAAGGAGGACUCGUGCAUUAGUUACACACCUAUUUUGUAUCCAAGGGCUAAUCCUGGAAUAAUGUCUCCCUUGGCCAAGAAGAAGUUGUUAUCCCAAGUUAGUGGAACGGCCUUGCCCAACAACUAUUCAUUUGGCCCACCUCCACCAUUAAUUAAGAAGGGCAUGAAUAACAAUGCUGACGAUUUAGCGGCGUUACAUAACUCACAGGUUUCCAGUGCAGAGACUAUUGUGAUCAGCAGACCUUCUGUAAUCCAACACGCGCAGAGUUUCAAAAUCCGAAAUGCAGAGGAAAGGAAGCCUCUGGGUGAACCACUGAAGCACGACCUGUUGGGCAAGUGUGAAGCAUUUCCUUGCGAUCUUUCCAAGAGCCAGCAGAGCUCCGCGGGGGAGACCAGCACGGAGAGAACUGACGCUCACGACACCGUGGACAAAACCUCGGAGAAAUGGACAGCUCCCCUCUCCCAGUUACCCCACUUUCUGACAGAGUUCUACUCCUCUCCUCACCUACACAGCCUUUACAGGCAGACAGAACACCACCUGAACAAGGAGCAGUUGUCCAAGUAUCUGAACAGGGAAAGCCUCUUCUCCCGAGAACAUGAAAAUAUUUCUUGUUUCACACCGACCCAACAUUCGGAUAACAUUGGUCUGAGUUACUGUUCUCCCUUAAGUCAAAAAGAAAAACUGACCUCUGCUAAAAUUUCUUCAGAUGACCAACCGACGGACUUAAGUCUUCCUAAGUCCUCUGCUCACAAACUGCCUUCAUCCAAGCCUUCACCGUGUGGUGUCCCUCAAUCGGCAAUGCAGCAGGACCGCAAAUCCCCGCCGCUCUUUCAGGUAGCCGUUAGCCAAGCCUCCAGCCAUGACUGCAACCCCAAAGCGUGCCGUGUGCCACCGAUGACGAUGUCAACCCCGAAAAAAGCCGCUGAUCCUCCUCAGAGAGCUCCGGGCACGACCCAGAAUGGCCGGGCGGAGGAUGUCGUUGUGCACAAGAUGGACGAGAUAGCGCGGCCCAUUCUGAGUGUGAAAAGCAGCCCACAGAACAUUGGGGCUGCUAGGCCUCUGAAAAGGAAUCUGGAGGAGCUGGAGACUGGAGCUCCGGAGAAAAAGAUCAGGGCUGUGACCCCCAUGCACGCAGUGAAGGAGACAACAGGCAAAGCGCACAUGUCUGAACAGGACAGUGAAGGGGGCAAACCUGUAGAGUCUGCGCAUGCUGUGCAUGCCAAUAGCUUCCUGGAUAGCCAUAAGCUUCCCUUGCAUUCCCCCAUUUUCCCGGGAUUGUACCCUGGAGCCUUUGUAUCUCAGGUACAGGACAUGUGUGACAGCCUGGGCUCCCACAUCCCCACAGGCUACUCUCAUUCUCUGCAGUACUUGAAAAACCACGCUGUCAUCUCUCCGCUCAUGCCUCCCUUCGCCAUUCAUUCCUUCAUGAUGCAGAGACAGCUCCUCGCCUCCUCUCCAAACCCCCCUCAGAUUUACAGGCACCUGACAUCCACAGCCCCUGUAGGAACCUCCUAUGGGGACCUCUUGCAUCACAGCCUGUACCCCUUAUCUGCUUUAAACCCUCAACCUGCAUUCAGCCCCUCCCAGCUGUCCUCUGUUCACCCCAGCACCAAACUUUAAUACAGAAGAGACGGUUUUGCUCACUGGACAUCAUUGAUUUUGGGCAGAGCAGUGUAAGAAUCUAGUAUUUGUUCCCCCGUACACGUGGCUAUGGUAUUAUAUUUACAGACAGUAGAUUAACUGAGAUGCCUGAAUCUGGGAACAAUCACUUUUUUGCACCAGAUUUUGCCACUUAAUACAAAAUUUGCACAUUUCUUUGAAAACGGGCCGACAGCUGAGUCCUUUUCAUUCCUGCCGCUUCAGUGUAGGUCUCAUGUAGUGUUCAUUUUCAAAUGUGUCUAAAGGAGGCAUGAGCAAUAAUGCCAUGGAGCUUCUAGCCAGAUGACAGGUGGGUAUUAUGGUAGUUAUUGCUGGGUAUCCAAAGGAUAAUAAAAUGUUGUAAGACAAAUCAAUGCAAUGUACAGUGCAAUUAUGAUGGAUUCUGGGUUUUCUUGUAUCUGAGAACACUAUGAACUAUUGCAGAACACUGUUUAAUCAACUGUAUUUGAAUCAAGGUUUACUGUCAGAAAAGUUUUAAUAUUAUUCGUUAUUGUGCAUUUAUUUUUAUUUAAUUGUAGAGUCCUAGCUGGGGGAGUUCAUUUCAAGGAGACUUCUGUAUGGGGGUGAGCAUUGGUAGUGACUUCAUGCUGUUCAUGCUGUUGAUUCCAAUCACACUGACUGGAAGGUUGCUGUAGGAGUUCACCCAGAUUCAUAAGAAAACAAGCAGACAGGUUUUCUUUGCUGAAACAGUUUUAGCUGUGUCCUAUACUACAGUAUACUCUACCCUACUUGUAAGUAAGUUACAUUACUCAGCUGAUUUGAAUUUACCACAAUGCUGUAAAAUACUUUUUGUGAAUUAUUGGACUAAGGUAUUUGUAUAAACUUUUAAGAGAACUAUUCCAACAUUUUAUAAUAUUAUAAUAUUCACUGGCUACUCAAAUUCCUGACUGUUUAAAACUACAGGUUACUGUGUACUUGUGUCUGUGGGGAAAGCUUCAAUGUCCAGGACUGCUUGGAAAACCAAUACUUUUUUCCCCAGUUUUUCCAAUAUUUUAGAAAUAUGUAUUCAGGAGCCACUGCUUAGUUAUAGAAUUCAAUGGAAAUUGUUUGUAAGGCUUUUAGGAACCUUCUUAUGAGCACUUAACUAAGCACACAGAUCGGAACCUUCACAUUUUUAGAGCCAUUUGAAGGAGGAGGUGGGGAGAAUUUAAAGCAGAUGUAAUGGGGGAAAAUACAGCUUGAUGACAGCAAUCAAUGAAAAGAUUAUGUACCAUAAUGAUACAUAAUGUUGUCUUCAAAAAGGGUGUAAGCAGUGACGAGUAAUAGGGGCUUAUGUCAUUCUUUUUGCACAAAGGAUUUUGGGAAAGAAGAAAAAUGGUUCAAAUACAUGGUAAGAUAAAAAUCCAGUUUUGUCAGAAAUAAUCAAUUUUAGUGUGUUAGUGAUACUUAAAUAUUAGCUGAGAGAAAUGUAUUUGCUCCAAAAUGUUUGGAGUAACACUCAAGGUUGCUAUGUAACUUUUUUUUAAAUAAGUAAUAAAAUAUUUUAUAAGCAUUACAAGGCUGAUGUCUGUCCAGUUUGCACUGCUUUUGCUGUGGGUUUCACAUGACUUUAAAAUCAUUGUGUUACUUGGAGUUUGGUGCAUACAGUUCUGACAUAUUCAACUGUGACUGUUCAAUAUGGAAAGAAUUGUGUUCAAUACAUUUCUGCUUUGCAAGUAUUUGUGCCUUUUGUACUUGGUUCUAAAGAUCUGCUGUUUGGAAAAAGAAAAAAAUUAAAAAAAAGUUGCAGAAAACAUAGAGGUGGUCUAAUUUUUAUCUCUGUAGAGAACAUUGUGGUUUAUAAAAAGUAUGUUUUAACACUGGGAUUGAUGAAUAAAAUCAGAGAGGUGUGCAUUUCCCAGCCUGGAGUCUCAUACUGUGCACACUCAAAUCGGAAGAAUUCAUGACUGCUGGGGUCCUGUACUGGACCGCACGUUCAAAAAGCCCAGAGUGGGGCGCGUCUGGUCUAGUUUUACAAUGAUCAUUAUAAAUAUAAUGACUAGUGGGAAAUUCUAGACUUCUCCCCCUCCCACACCCUCCCCAAGUCGAAUGUUUGUCAUGAGCACUUAAUGACCCCCCUCUUUCAGUGUGGGAUUGUCUCACCGAGUGGUCUGUUGGUUUAAAAGGUUAGCUCAUACUAUUCAGGCUUUUGACACAAAAUGUAUUUCUUUGCUAUCUGUUGUAAAUAAUGUUUACUUUUGUCAGUCAUCUUUUCACUUUUUGUUAUUAUGUUGUACGGUGAUUAUUUGUAUAUAGUAAAAGUAGAACUGGUAACACUAUAGUUCUGUUGUUGUUCUUAAGGUUACUGAGUGACCUUGUUAUUAGUUUAAACACUACAGUUAUGAAUACUGAGCCAACUAUACACACUCAGUUUUUUUGGUCUGUUUUUUUUGUUUCCAAAUUGUACUUCUUGAAAUGCUUUUGAUACUAUGUGCCGUUUAGUUUCCUGAUCACACAGCUGGCAAAAAAUAUUUUGUACUUUAUGAUCCACUGUAUAUUUAAUUAAAAAUAUUUUACUACCUA